AUGAGCUUGAACGAAGAUUCCUCUCUCCAGGCCGUAGCCGCCGCUCUCAGACUCCCAGCUGUGCCGCCAGCGGGCUUCUGGGACGAGACGCAAUGGGCCGUCUUUUGGUCCAUGAUGGAAGCUGCCCUACCCUCCAUCCGAGAGGCCUCAUCUGUCGAGGACGAGAAUCACCAGAUCAAGCUCGACCACGACCAGUACUCGUCCGCCUACGAACUUGUCAAGGCCACCAUGAAGAAUCCGCCGUCCGAGGACAAGUUUCAUGCGUACCUUGAUUACAACGCCUCCGCAGACCCCGACUUCAGAAACAGCAUCAUCAGGACGCUCUACAUGCUGCCUGGUGCCUCCCAGCGCUCUCUGGGGGGUGCACUGACGACUCUGAGCGGCCGCACCGGAAGCUGGUUCCUCACGGGCUACUUCACCGCUGUGAACCAGCAGCCACUCCACAUCCGCGAAGCCAUCCUCCAGGGCUGGCAAACCUCCCGCCUCAGCUCCAUGCGCGUGCUCACCAAGGUUUUCACCACACUGGCCCAAAAGGCCACCCUGCAGACGAGCCCCCUCUUCAAAGAGCUUACCGGUUACACCGACUUGCCCAGCGACCAUGAGCCCGUUGACAGUUAUGAGUUCAAAUUUAUGCAGUUCCCCGCCUCCGACGAGCCCGUGUCACUCGAGACGGAUGCUGUCAUCGUCGGUUCGGGCUGCGGUGGCGCCGUCGUUGCCAAGCACCUCGCUGAGGCCGGCCAUCGCGUCCUCGUCGUCGACAAAUCCUACCACUUCCCCGCCGCCCAGCUGCCACUCGCCCAGGACAUGGGCUGCGAGUACCUCUUUGAGGGGGGCGGGUUUCUGGGCAGCGACGAUAGCUGCCUCAACCUCGUUGCCGGUAGCUGCUGGGGCGGCGGCGGGAACAUCAACUGGAGCGUGUCGCUGCAGACCCAGGGAUUCGUGCGCAGCGAGUGGGCCAAGAAAGGCCUGCCGUUCUUCACCUCGGCCCAGUUUCAGAGCUGUCUCGACAAGGUGUCGGACGUGAUGGGCGUGAGUUCAGACCAUGUGCGCCACAACCACAGAAACCGAGUGAUGCUUGACGGGGCCCGCAAGUUGGGGUGGCAUGCCGCUGCGGCGCCGCAAAAUACGGGCGGCACGGAACACUACUGCGGCCGGUGCCAUCUCGGAUGUGGGUCGGCUGGCAAGAAGGGAACCGCCGUCAGCUGGCUCCCUGCGGCUGCAGAGGCUGGUGCCGAAUGUAUUGAGGGUCUGGAGGUGAACGAGGUGACCUUUGACACGACGGACGGCGACAAGAAGGCGACAGGCGUCGUGGGAACCUGGGUAUCCAGGGACGCCACUGGUGGUGUCAGCAGUCCAUCGUCGGAGCGCAUCACGCGAAAAGUCGUGAUCAAGGCCAAGAAGGUCAUAGUGGCCUGUGGUUCGCUCUGGAGUCCGCUGGUCCUGCUCAAGAGUGGCCUUACCAACCGACACAUUGGCCAAAACCUCUAUGUUCAUCCGUGCAACAUGGUUGGCGCCUACUGGAAAGAGGAAGUUACACCGUGGGAGGGUAAGCACAACCAAACAUUCGGACCAUCUCUCCUUGCUAACCAGCCAGGUGGCAUCAUCACGAGCUACAGCACCGCUUUUGAGAACCUCGACGGAGCUGGCCACGGCGUGAAACUCGAGCCAACUUGCGCCGUUCCCUAUACUGUCCUCACAAGCAUGCCUUGGCACAGCGGCCUCUCGUCCAAGUUGGCCGCACUCAAGUACCGCCAUUUCGGCGGCUUCAUCGCCCUCACUCGCGAGCGCGAUCCGGGCUACGUGUACCCUGACCCCCGCACCGGCAGGCCGCGCAUCGCCUACACGCCGUCUGAUUUCGACCGCGCGCAUACGCUGGAGGGUGUCGUUGCUCUGGCCAAAAUUUGCUAUAUCGAGGGCGCAGAGGAGAUUCAAGCCUUCUUCCCGGGUCUGGAGCCCUUCGUCCGGGGCGAGGCUAGGAACGAAGAGGGCGAAGAGGCGGGCGUCAACGACCCUGCAUUCACAGCAUGGUUGGAGCGCGUGAGGGCUGUGGGAAACAAGCCCCCCAAUGCCCUCUUCACGUCUGCGCAUCAGAUGGGCACUUGCCGCAUGGCGGCCAACGAGGACGAGGGUGUCGUCGACCCGAGGGGCAGGGUGUUUGGGACAGAGGGGCUCUAUGUUGCGGAUGCGAGCGUGUUUCCCAGCGCCAGCGGGGUGAACCCCAUGAUCACCAACAUGGCCAUUGCCGAGUGGAUUGCCAUGGGGGUGAGCAAGGAGUUGAAGGAGGUGUAA